CCACUACCUUAGCCAUUAUAAAAAAUCUCUAAUUUACAAAAAAAAAAAAAAAGGUGGACUUCCAUUUAAAUUCCUAGCUCCUACCCCAAAUUCAAGAAUCUAAAAAAUUCCUUAAAUUGACCGAAGCUCAUAUUACCAUUCCCAGAAACAUCGAAACAAGGCAAAAAGAAAAAUGUGGCGUAUGCUGGUGGUUUUGAGACGAAAUCUGCGGAACAUGAAGAAAAGUCCUCGAGUAGCGGAUGAAAGCAUGUAUGGAGGAGGGAAUAACAAUAAUGAUGUUAAUGGAGGUGGUGACACGUCUCGUGGUAUUUCUGGGAUUGGCAGCGUUGUUAGAGCUCCUUUCUCUUUGGUUUCUUGCUUCUCUCAGCCACAUGUUAAUGGACAUGGGGCUGAUGGAGUUUGGGUGUCCACUGACUUUGCUCAAAUAUCAGAGAUGAAUCAUUUUAUGGUCAGAGAUAGUAUGCGCUAUGCAAUCUUGAUGUAAUCAAACCAAAAAAACUAGACAAGGAUGUAAUGUAAGUACUAAAUCAUAGAUUUGUUUUCUUUGGUUUAUGGGGCUAUUAAUUAUUGCUUUCAUUAA